GGGGCGUUUCCCAAGGGUAUCCCAUUGGCCUGCUUGGCCGCAGUUAAGUGCAUACGCUGAUCUUUUCGAGCAGCUAUAAAAGCUCUCAGAAUCGCCGGAAGAAUGAAUGUAUUUGCUCAUCAGCGAAGAUGUUACCUCAUCUAAGAAUGUUGUACAACGCCUGCGGGCUCGCCUUUUUGUUACUGUUAGCACAGUCCGUUCAAUCGCAUGCCGUCGAGAGCCGUAACAAUGGCGGGGCAGCAAGCGGCCGCCAGCGGAUCAGCCUUAACGCGGGCUGGCGGUUCGAGCGUUUUACGUCCAAUCCCGACGCUCUGUCGUACGACUUGCUAAAGCAAUGGAUACUCCCUUCGGGUAACGACUUCAUCAGCAGCACCAAGCAUGAACGUCCCUCUGGAACUCCUCCAGGUAGUAACAUCAGCUAUGUGCAGCAUUCCUUUGAUGACAAAUCCUGGGAGGCCGUCGAUGCCCCAUGACUAUACCAUCAAAGGGCCUUUCAAUGCUCCAGGGAUUUCGGGCGAGAUGGGACGCUUGCCCUCGAAUGGAGUCGGCUGGUACCGUCGGAGUCUGACACUUACCGCGGAGGACAUAGCUGCUGGCAGGUCGACCUUCCUUGACAUUGACGGUGCCAUGUCGUACUCGGCAGUGUGGGUAGAUGGUUAUCUCGUCGACUCUUCGCGCUACUACCCAGGCGCUGGUAUAUAUCGUAACAUAUGGCUUGUUAAGGCUGAUGCAACGCAUGUGGGACAGUUCGGCACAUUUAUUACCACACCAACUGUCACCAAGAAAUCAGCGUCUCUCGAUCUGACUGUCGAGGUUGAGAAUCAAAGAAGCACUAGCCAAAAAAUCACCAUAAGCACCAAGGUUUAUGAAUUUGACCCACUGACUAAGAAAGCCAAAGGCAAAGCUGUGGGUACAUUUCCAGAUGUGACAGUCGAAGUUGCAGCUGGAGCCAAGGGAUCUGCAGAUAGCUCAGCAACUGUGAAGAACCCAAAGCUCUGGGGCCCAGCGCCUGCACAGAAGCCGAACUUGCACGUCGCCAUAACAACUCUGUCUGUUAGCGGGGUGAAGAUUGACACUUAUGAGACUCAGUUUGGUAUCCGUUCUGUGGUCCAUGAUGCCAUUAAGGGGGUCCUUAUCAACGAUGAGGCGGUCCGCAUCCAAGGUACCUGCAACCACCACGAUCUAGGCUCCUUGGGGGCUGCUUUCAACAUCCGCGCCGACUGGCAUGAGCCGGACCUUCGCGCCUUUAUCCGUCGUGAUCGCAACCGCCCCUCCAUCAUUGCCUGGAGUAUCGGUAACGAGAUUCCAAAUCAGUCAAAUCCAGCCACAGGAAAGAUAGCCCAGGAGCUGCGCAAUAUAGUGCGUGAGGAAGACCUAACUCGGCCGGUGACCCAGGGCAUGAACAACGCCAAGGCUGCGGACCUUACAGCUCAGGUGAUGGAUAUCGAAGGCUUGAACUACCAGGGCGAAGGCCACGGUACCGAUACGUCAAGCACAUUCCCAAGCUUCCGUGUAGCUUUCCCAGACAAACUAAUCUACACUAUAAUCACCCAUCACCCACCAUGGUCAGAAAGCGCAAAAGUCUUCGGCCCCGACUCGGGCGAGGACGUUGAGGCGAGACACCUCAGUGACUACGGGUUAUACGAGCCCUCGUGGGGAGCCUCGCCCGAUAAGGUAUUUGCUGCGCAGGACGAACACCCUUAUGUUGCCGGUGAGUACGUCUGGACUGGCUGGGACUAUGUCGGCGAGCCAACGCCCUUCGACACCUCGCGAAGCUCCUACUUCGGGAUCAUCGAUAUGGCUGGCUUCAAGAAGGAUCGCUUCUUUCAGUACCAAUCGAGAUGGCGCUCCGAUUUCCCCAUGGCACAUAUUCUUCCCCAUUGGACAUUCCGAUGGGAUGAUGUGAUCUACCAACCUGGUGACCUCCGCGUCGUCACCUAUAAGAACGGGAAGAAGUGGGCGGAGGAUAUCAAAAGGACGGUUGGCAGUGCCACAAAGCUAGCCAUCUCGGCUGAUCGUUCCGCCAUCGGCCUCGACGACGACCUUUCCUUCAUCAGCAUCGCGGUAAUUGACAGCAAAGGGGAUACAGUACCACGGGCAAGCAACAGCAUCACCUUUUCCAUUUCUGGACCUGGCACGAUUGUAUCUACCGACAAUGGUGAUCCGACAGAUAUGACUGCCUUCCCAUCGCUGACGCGGAAGGCUACCGGCGCGGGAGCUAUUACUGUUUCUGCCACAGCCGACGGUAUCACAGGGGCCAAGGUGACGUUGAAGGCAUUACUUGUAAAGUAA